UCAGAGCAGGCAACGAUUUUCUAAUCUUCUGUUGUCCAAUUUUGGUGAGCCUGAAAUACUUCUGAAGUGUUAUUGUUUACUCUUUACUGUUUAUUCUUUGAUAUUUAUUUUAAGCACACCCUGCUGUACAGCACGUUUGUUAGCCUUGUGGCUGUUGUAAAUGUGCAAAUAUAUGUAAAUUUAAAUAAAGUGAACUGAUCUUAAGUGCUCAUCAGAAAAAAGAAACUCAUAAAGGUUUGGAUCCCCUUGAGGGUGAGUACUAGCUAGAUGAACUAUCCCUUUAAAAUUAAUGGUGCCAUGGAAAAUUGGGUCUGCUUUUGUGCAAUGACAUGGUUCUGUAGAUGUUAAAGGUUCUUCGUGAAAUUGUUGAUGGUGCCAAAAAACAACCUUUAUUUUUUAAUAAUGGAGUUAUUUAUUUGGAGACACUGUGGAAAUAAACGGGUUAAUUAGAGUUAAGUAGUGCACCAUGAUUCUUUAACAAACUUUAACGCCCUGGAGACUGUUUACAAUGUCGACUUGAAACCUUGUCAAACAAAGUGUUGACUUUAGCUCAGCUGACUGUCAAGCAAACAAACUCAUCCAGGAGGACUUAAAGACGGAGGAUGCACAUUUGCUGCUCUUUCAUUGUUGGAGAACAGGUGAGAAUUGACUGCAUUAUAUUCUGUUCACCAUUGUGUUUAUUAUCAAAGCUAAUAUGCUUGUAUACCAUUGGAUUUAGCAUUAGCAACAAAGUGUAGCAAAUGUAAUCAAAUGUUUUUAUUUGCUUCAGGGUGGAAUUAAAGAUGGAAGGGAAGCUUUCGGAAGAAAAGGUCAAAUGUUUGCUUGCCCCGUGGAGAUUUUCCCUCAGGGGACCUGGAUUUGAAAACAGGCUGGUGGCGGCUCUACAACUAUUUGAGCAUUUUCCAUUAGAUAUAGCUGUGACCGGAGGAACCCAAGAGGCUAACGCUCGGCUGGCUUCAUUAAUCAGUGGUUCAGAUGAGGAAAUCGAAGAGGAGGUAUGGGAAACUGAAGAUGAAGAUGAUGACGAGGAAGAAGAAACUGAUGAGGAAGAAGAAGAAUGGGAAGAAGAGGAAAGUGCAGAUGAAGAACAUAACAUAAAGUUAAAUGCGAAUCAUCAGAGCAGCAGGAUUAAACGUGUACGGAUAUCUGAGAAUACAGAAUACAUAGGCAGUGGCAUUUCUGAUUUUCUACACUGUCAACUCCCAAAUGUUCGCAUAUGGACAGUGCAGGGCCAUCCGACUUCAAAUUCUAUCAUAAAGCAGAGCAACCAGCAGUAUGAAUCCACACACUACGACGUCUUGUUGAUUCUCACGGCAGAACAGCACAAGGAGGACCACAUGUGGAUCAAGAUGGAACUGCAUGACAGAGAUCAGCCUUUUUUUCUGGUUCGAACAGAGCAGGACUGGGACGUGCUCGAGGAGAAGCCUUCAGGGCCGUGCAUGACCUGUGCCUGGGAACGAAUGAGAGCUCGAAAGCUGGAGCUGCAGAAGAGAAGUGAAAAGCAUUUGGAGAAAUGGGUGAUCCAGCAGAUGAUCCUUCAAACGCUUCCAAUAAAUCAGAGUUAGUGAAAAUGAAGGAUAUCGCCAAGGUGUUCGCUGAAGCCCUGCCAGAGCUGCGGAUAAAGGCUUUCAGUCAGUUUCUAGUGGCCAUUACAAAGGAACUUAAGAUUCCUAAAUUACUGACUGAUGAUACACAGUUCGUCGUCUCCACUGCUUUAAGGUCUAUGAAGAUAAACCAGGAUGAUCUUGACCAGAUCUCCAAGCUAUCCCAGACAAGAGAUUUCACAGACAAUCCCUCCAAACUCCGGGCAAUCCUUGGAGCUCUGGAUCACUUCUGCUUGGAUGUUGGUGUGCUGGGUGAGACAGGCUGUGGAAGCUCCAGCCUGAUCAAUGCACUCUUGGGCUUGAAGAACUGUAACAAAACCGCUGCUUUAACUGGUGUCAGUGAAACCACUAAAGAGGCUGUGGAGUUUGCCUUCCCUGAUUAUCACAACGUCCGUUUUUGGGACCUUCCUGGACUUGGAAAAAUAGGUGAUCUUAGCAGCCUGUCGGCCUCUGCAUUCAGUUCUUCUGAGGGCCAACAGGUGGCAUCUGUGCUUGCUUUGUGUGAUGUAUACAUACUGGUGUCUCCUUUAAGGGUUAGACUGAGAACCAUACAGCUUUUGCAGCAAGCGUCCUCCAUGGGCAAAGAGUGCUACCUGGUGCUUUCCAUGGCAGACUUGAUUGAAGGUAAUGCUGUCGAGGAGGUGAGACAGUGGACUGAGGAAGUCUUGAGGAAAUUGGGUAUCCAACAGAGCUUGUUUCUGGUAUCUUCUAACCAUCCAGAAACCUUAGACUUACCCAAGCUAAAGGACACGCUGAAUGUGGCCUUUCCAAGACAUAAGAAAGUCGCGCUUGCCAGAUAUGUUUCAAAGCAACUGGAUGAAGAUGUUUUCUGGAAAAGAUCAGAUUCUUGCAAAUUUAUGUAAUUGAUUCCUCGUUACGCUUUUUUAAAGAACAUUUUCCCACAUUUGAGUACGCUUUUUAACUGUUUUUUUUUCAAAGGAUGUUUUGUUUGUUAGGCAAGUCAUCAUUUUCCAAAGGUAUUUUCAACCCUUUAUGAUACCCUACACAAAAAAUAGGUUCUUCAGCAGUUCUUUGUGGUAGUUGAAGUGAUAUUUAGCACUCCUAAGCGGUUCUUUGGCUCAUAAUAAUACACUACCUGACAAAAGUCUUGUCGUCAAUCCCAGUUGUAAAAGCAAAAAAUAAUAACUUGACUUCUAGUUGAUCAUUUGGAAAAGAGGUAGAAGGUGCAAGAGAUCCGUACAGUGGAUAACAACCUCAACAGCCUGAGGUAUCAAGACAUUUGGCCUGCCCAUUACAUUAUAAACCACAGGAGAGACCAAAUUCUUCAGCAGGAUAGCGCUCCUCAUACUUCAGCCUCCACAUCAAAGUUUCUGAAAGCAAAGAAGGUCAAGGUGCUCCAGGAUUGGCCAGCCCAGUCACCAGAUAUGAAUAUUAUUGAGCAAGUCUGGGGUAAGAUGGAGGCAUUGAAGAUGAAUCCAAAGAAUCUUGAUGAACUCUGGGAGUCCUGCAUGAAUGCUUUCUUUGCCAUUCCAGAUAACUUUAUUAAUAAAUUAUUUGAGUCAUUGCA